AUGUUUUCCUCUUCACCACCCAAGGGGCCUUCGGGCCAGCGGUCAACCGUCCGUAAUCUGCAACCAGCAACGCCCUCGCGUAGUGGCGCGAAUGUAUCGCAGCCCAACCAUUCUGAACCAACAAUGAGCACUGCAACUCAACUUACCCCUUCCCGAGCAACCCAGCUGGCUCAGGCUGGCUCCCCCAAUACCCCUUUCGGCAUUUCAUCAGACUCUGAAAGCUCCGGGUCCGAUUUCUGCGAGAUUCAGCAUGUUCAACCUUCUCCCAACAGAAAGCGCAAUCUCCCCGCGGCGGACCAGCGAGUCCAGCCCAGCAAGAAAGCAAAGACCAAGCAAGCGCCUCCGGAGACUUGUGCUUCUGUCAACAACACCAAACCGACCCCCCAAGCCUCCUCUGGCCCUUCGCGUGCUCCGCCUCAACCCGCUUCGAGCGCCGCAGCUUCAACCCGCAGCAGCUCGGUGUCCUCAAAGGCCAAACCUGCCGUCAAAGCCAAGCUUCUCCCUCAGCCGGACAACAGCUCCGACUGCUUCAUUGAAAAGGUCCUUCCUUCGCCAAAGCGACGCCAAGAGACUCAGCCUCAGUCCAGCAAGAGAAGACGCAUCGACCGCGCCGGCAACGCUUCGGCCCUUGUCGGCGAACGGAACGGCCAGGACUCUGAGUGCGAGAUUGUUCACAUCAAGCCAUCGCCCAAUCGCCUGUCCUUGACCAUGCUCACUUCUACCGACAGCGAUGCUGAUGAUGAGCGCCCAGCCGGUGUUGGGCCUCGGGUCCCAAGAAAGAUCGCAACCCCAAGAAAGGGACGCGCUCUUCCGCUGAAGCCAGCCGAUAACCGUCCUGCGAUGAAGGAACCAGCUGCCACGCCAUCUCCCGUCCCCAGUCGAGUUGAUCAGAGCAUCGUCAUUGAUCUCUCUCAGUUGAUCACAUCUGAUUCCGACUCGUCUGUCGUUGAGACCUCGCACUCUACAGCUCAGGUCACGCAGCCUCGUUCUGCACAGGGAGAGCCCACUGCUCAGAGCAACCAUGGCACCGCGACAGAGGUUGCCCCAUCUCCUGAGAACUCCCAGUCUCAGCACCAGUCGGACCCUGAGUCGGAUGACAUCACGGGCAAACUGAUGGACUAUCUUGAUAGUCAGCUAGAGGCAAUGAAGAAGGAGAAGGAAGCCUCGCCAAGCUCUGGUGAGGAGCCAUUGUCCACCGCCCCCGAGCACCUCUCCAAGGUCGAGCCCCAAGAGGACUCUCGCGCGAUCAAGAAGGAGAUCGGUUCUGGUGCCGAAGGCUCUGACGAUGAUCAUGAUGAUGAUGAGGGUGGUGAUGACCAUAUUGAUGAUCAUGAUGAUGAGGAUAGUCCUACCCUGGUCAAGAUGGAGGACGCCGCCGACUCUGAUUCUUCCGGGCCGUUCAUGUCAUCUCCGCCUGUCUCGUACCAACUUCCGCCUACUGAGGAAGACUCUCCGAAGCCGGUCAAGAGGGAGCCCGAGACUGAAGCCGAAGACGAGUCCGACACCGGAGAUUUCAAUGAUGAGACGCUCAACACCUCAGUCUCCAGCUUCAACGAGCGCCUUGCUACGUCGUACAAGCUUCAGCCCGUGUACAGUGGCGACAGGCUCUCCGAGACCAACGAGCCCGGAACUCCUGGAUCUUUCCAGCCUCAUCACCGAGACUCACUCAUCGGCCUCAAGAGCAUUCUCAAGAGAUCCCAGACGUCUCCGGCGCGCGCGAGUGGCGACAACCCCGAGUAUUCCUCUUCCCCCAGCGUUUCGCCCCCUUCACGAUCUAGACGUAAUGAGCCUCGAACGGGACCAACCCGGCACCGAAAGUCCCCUGCGUCGAAGCUUGCAACAGUCGCCAGUGCUAUCAAGAAGCAACUACCUUCCAAGGCUUUCAUUCGAGUCAGAAGCUGGCUCCCCCCUCGGCCCAACGUCACCAAGCGAGCCAAGACUCCCUCCCCGAAGCGACCUCGAGGAUGGAGACUUCAGAAGAAGCAAUUGACCCCGUUGGUCCCGAUCCCACCAGCCAGCCUGGAACGUGACAGUGAUGGUUCAACCUCGAGCCAGGAGACUCCUUCAAAGCCCCCAGCCAAGCGACCCGCCGCUGCAGUGCAACAGCCUACUCAAGCUGUUACCCACCACGAGACAUCGAACGUUGGAGCAUCCGAGGAUGCGCGGAAGAUAUCCGAGAAGACUCAGAACAAGGCCGCUAAGAAAAAGCAACUCAAGCCCAUCACCCACAGCAGCUUGGUCAAACCACCCCGAGAGAUCAAGCCAGCGAUCAUCCGAGACGGUGUUUCGGAGCACGCAAUCAAGCCAACGGUCGCACGCUUCGAGAAGAAGAUGGCCGAAGGCAAAGGGUUCACCUACAACAAGACGGACAGCUCUAACACCAAGUACAACUGGGAGGUCGACUGGGGCACGCCUCUUCCUCAUACGGAGCGCACUUCACGGGCCUUGGCCGCGGAACUGGAGGAACGUGGCAUCAAGACCGAUCGACAAUACGCCAACUUUUGGUACAACCUCACGAUGAAGUACUCCAAGCUCGCCGGUUCGCCCGUGCCGCUCUUCACCGCCAAGAAGAAGGCCCUCGAGGACGUCGUCGAGGAGGCGUUGCAGAACGAGAAGCGCAGAAAGCGUAAGGCGCGCAAAGCAGAGAAGAAGAAGCAACAACAGGAGAAGAAGAAGCAACCUCAAGGAAUCGAGGCACUCCUCCUCAGUGGAGCCGACGAGGCCGACGAGGCCGGCGAGGAGAGCAACUCGGAUGAGUCGGUUGACAUGGAGGCUCUCAUUGCCAAGAUGAAAGCUGACGAGCAGAAGCAGAGGAUGCUAACUGGGGUUGGAACGAGCUGCGGAUAUCUCAAGAAGUGA